GCCCCUUUGGGGGGAGGGGCUAAGGGAAUAAUGGGGGGAUGGGGAGACCCUGGUGGUGCUGGUGGCCGGGCUGGGUCCCCCCCUGACUGCUCUGUGCCCCCCUCAAUCCCCGCACCCCCAGGGUCCGUGCGGAGCCCCAGCCUGGAGCGCCCCCCGGCCGCUGUUGGCCUGGCGUGAGGGGCCCAGCCCCUCCCCCCACCUCGGGCAGGGGGACUCCCCAGGCCGGCAGUUCCCCAGUCCCUUCGGCGAGCACACGGCCCCCCCCAUGGCGGAGAAGGGCCCCUGCCCCGGGCUGGACGCCUCCCUGCGCAGCGAGGACCUGCUCAGCGACAUGGAGCCGCUGCCCCUCUCGGCCCCGGCCACGCCGGCCCAGCCCUUCGGCUCCGAGGUGACGGCCCAGCUCUACGCCUCCCUGCGCCGGAGCCGUCAGGCCGAGCUGGACGCCUGCUCCCAGCUGCGGCCGCCCGACCUGGCCGCCCUGGCCGAGGAGCUCAGCCGCACGCUCUCGGCCGGGGUGGAGGCUAGCGCCCGCAGGAAGGGCGGCGAGUCCCGGCAUGUGGCCGAGAUGGAGACCGUGAGGUCGCACCUGAGGACCAUGCUGCAGGAUUCCCGCGAGCUGCCCCCUGGUGACGGUGCCGGCCUGUCCGGGGGGCCCCCUAACCCCCUGCCCGAUUUCAGCGCCAGGCCCCUGCAGGAGCUGUCCCCGCCCGGCUCGGUGUGCGGCCUGGAGGAGCUGUUUCCCCGCUACGCCAGCCUGCGCCUGGGCACCCCCCCUGAGCCCGCGCCCGCCACGGAGCCCCUGCUGCUGAAGGAGGCGCUGGCCAAGGAGCGGGCCCGCCGGAAGCACUGUGAGCGGCACGUGCAGGGUCUGCAGAGCCGGGCCCUGGAGCUGCAGCAGCAGCUGGCCGCAGCCAUCUCCGCUGACAUGAAGAAGGACAGUAUGAUCGAGCAGCUGGACAAGACCCUGGCCAAGGUGGUGGAGGGCUGGAACCGGCAGGAGGCGGAGCGGACGGAGCUGCUGCGGGGGCUGCAGGCGGAGAAGGAGGCGGGGCAGCGGGCGCUGAGCGAGCAGCAGGAGAGGGCGGCGCAGCUGGAGGCGCGGCUGGAGCAGGCGCUGGAGGCCCUGAGCAGGGAGCAGCAGGCGGCGAGCCAGCAGCGGGAGGAGGCAGCAGCGCUGCAGGAGGAGAAGGCGGGGCUGCUGCGGAGCCUGGAGGCGGAGCGCCAGCGCGGGCGGGGGCUGCAGGCGGAGCGGGAGCACGGGCAGCGCCAGCUGGAGGCGCUGCGGGCCACGCUGGAGGAGCAGCAGGCGAGCUGGGCGCAGCGGGAGCGCCAGCUGGAGCAGCGCUGCCAGGCGCUGCAGGACGAGAGCGCCGGGCAGCUGGAGCGAGAGAAGGCAGCCGUGCAGCGGGAGGCCCAGCGCGCGGCGGACGCCCAGCAGGUCCUGGCCUCGGUGCAGGCCGACGCCCAGCGCCUGGAGAGCGAGCUGGAGGCAGUGCGGAGCGAGCGGGACGGGCUGCAGAUGGAGAUCAGCCUGGUGAAGGCGCGGUGCGAGGCCCAGAAGGCGAAGCUGGAGGCGGAGCUGAAGGUGGCGCUGGAGCAGCAGGUGACGGAGCGGCUGGCGCGGGUGCACGAGGACAGUUUGCGGCAGACGGGCGCCAUGCGGGAGCAGCACAGGAAGCAGCUGCUGGAGCUCAGCGGGCACCACGAGCGGGAGCUGGGCAGUCAGCUGGCGCAGUUCCGGGCCGAGCUGGCCGAGCGCGAGGAGCGUCAGCGGCGCCUGGCGGAGGACUAUGAGCUGAGGCUGGCCAGGCAGGAGGAGGCGGCGCGGGAGCUGCAGGCCGGGAAGUGGCGGCUGGAGGCCCAGCGAGCGGACAUGGUGGCCCGGCUCCAGGCCAUGAUGCAGUCGCACUGGAACGAGGCCCUGCGGGUGCUGACCGGCGAUUCCUCGUCUCAGUCCCCCGCCAAGGGCCCCCGCCAGCCUCCCGUCUCCGCCGCCGCCUCCCUCUCGGAGCCGGAGCGCCUGGCCCAGCCCCCCAGCCCCGCCCCGCCCGGGAAGCCGGAGCGCUGGCAGCAGGACCCCCGCGGCGGCGGCGGCGGCGCCGGGGACGGCGAGGGGGGGGGCUGGGCCUUCGCCCCAGCCGUGCCCCUGCAGCCCGUCACCCAGCGCAGCUCCCUGGCGCCGGCGCGGGGUCCCGAGCGCUUCCUGCCGCUGGCGCCGGGCGGGUGCGUCUCGGCCGAGCUGGCCCAGCUCCUGAACCAGAGUCUCCUGAGCCAGCCGGGCUUCCAGCCGCUGGAGCCGCAGCUCGACGACUCCGCCGGCCCAGGGCUGAGCUCGCACCCCCCUCCCCUGGCGGAGCACCCCUACCCCGAGGACGAGGGGGGGCCCAGCGACGGCGAGACCCCCCCAAACAGCAGCCUGGAGAGCGGGGGGCGGGUGCACCCGGAGCUGCAGUAUUACAUGUCGCUGCUGCUGGACCAGAUGCCGAGUGACGCCCCCAGGCAGGAGGGGCCGGGGGGUGAGAGUCCCCCCCGCCCCACGGGCCAGGCCCAGCCCCACACCCAGCCAGGCUCGGCCCGGGCCGACCCCCCCUCGCUGUGGGAGCCGCUCCGGCCCCACGGCCCCCCGCGCGCCCCCCCCACCGCCGCCGCCGUGCAGAAGACCAAGGUGCCGCUCGCCAGAGCCAGCUACGGGCAGCGGAACCUGGAGCCGCCGAGCCCCCCGCAGCGCCCAGCCGGGGGCGAGGGCGGUGUCCUGUCCCCCCGGCAGGUGGCCGAGGUCUCCCGCCUGCUGCGGCUGUACCAGGCCAAGGGCCGGGUGGCGCCCUCCUCCGAGGAGCUGCUCGCCUACCUGCGCUCCGGCGACGGCAGCGGGCCCGACGUGAAGGGCGACGGGGGCCACGUGAACCCGGCUGCCCGCAGGAACCUCGACCCCAGGCUGCCUGAGGCCGGCAGGAGAGAGGUGGGUCCCCCCCGGCGCCCGUCCGGCCCCCGGCCCGGCCCCGAGAAGACCCACGGCCCUGCCAAGGGCGGGCGGAAGGCGGCCCAGCUCAGCGCCCGGGCCAGCAAGGGGGGCAGCGUGUGGAGAUGAAGCGGGGUCCCCGUGGGGCGUCCUGAUGCCGGCACCCCCUGGGCACAGACCCACCCCCUCCGCUGCCCGAGGGGCCCCGUUCUCAGCCCCGGUUCGCAUGUUGCGUUGGUGCCAGGGUGGCCCAUGGGGCAGCAGGCCCGGGCUGCCCCCCCUCGGCACCGUGUUGCGUUGCUCUAAGUUAUUGCCCCCGCGUGGGGGCGCUGUUGGUUAUUUUUCUAAAUAAAGAAGAGUUGGGUUUUGCAGCA